AAACCACAAGUGGUCUUUUCUUUUUUCCUCUUUCUCCUGUAAAUAAAGCUUUAUCACGUGUGGCCUUAAACUUGCUGCAAAUUGCAAAGAAAUGGCUCAAAGUCUCCAGCUCUUUCCGUACCCUGGGAGCUGAGACGCAGGGCAGUGCCCUUGCCAGGGUGCCCAAUUCCCUCCAGACUGCCAGAAAAAAAAAAGAAAAAAAGAAAAAAAAAAAAGAGGCCAACUGGAGAGGAGAAAAAGAAAGAUUGCCCUGGGGUGAGACCGGACCCUUGGUCUUUUCUGUUCUCUAAUCUGUGCUGUCUGUGCCCACCAGCUCUCUUGACUUGCCAGAACUGCUCAGAACUGCCGUCGGGUGUUACCUCAGUUUCCUCUUUCAGGCUGUGCCCUGGGAGUCAGCCCUCUGCUGAACUUUAUGAGAAGAACUGGCCAGCUUUGAUCUCCACCUCCAGCGUUGACAGGCUGGGAUAAGGAACGUUUUCGUAAUGGACACCUCAUCCAAGAAAAACUCCCAUUUGUUCCACAAAAACCCCUCGCGACCCGUCAGAAGGCAAUCUCUUAAAGCCGGGUGUCCAUCCCCAGAGGAAACGCGACCAUGCUGUGGCAAACUCAAGGUGUUCCUGGGUGCCUUGUCUUUUGUUUACUUUGCCAAAGCAUUGACAGAAGGCUAUUUGAAGAGCACCAUCACUCAGAUAGAGAGAAGGUUUGAUAUCCCUUCCUCUCUGGUGGGAGUAAUUGAUGGUAGUUUUGAAAUUGGGAAUCUCCUGGUCAUCACAUUUGUUAGUUACUUUGGCUCCAAACUUCACAGACCAAAAAUCAUUGGAGCAGGCUGCCUGGUCAUGGGAGUUGGAACACUGCUCACAGCGCUGCCACAGUUCUUCAUGGAGAAGUACAGCUAUGAGAAAUAUGAGAAGUACUCUCCCUCCGCCAACCUUACUCCCAACAUCUCUCCGUGCCAUCUGGAGUCCAGCAGUCUGCCACCAAGCUUAGCCACAGGGAAAUCACCAAGCAAAAUGAAUGAUGAAUGCAAAGGGGAUGCCAGCUCCUCCAUGUGGGUUUAUGUCUUCCUGGGAAAUCUUCUGCGAGGAUUAGGGGAAACUCCCAUCCAACCCCUUGGCAUUGCCUAUCUGGAUGACUUUGCCAGUGAAGACAAUGCUGCUUUCUAUAUUGGGUGUGUGCAGACAGUGGCAAUUAUAGGGCCCAUUUUUGGCUUCCUCUUGGGUUCAUUAUGCGCCAAACUGUAUGUUGAUAUUGGCUUUGUAAAUCUAGACCACAUAACCAUCACUCCAAAGGAUCCCCAGUGGGUUGGGGCCUGGUGGCUUGGUUACCUAAUAGCAGGGCUCCUAAGUCUCCUUGCAGCUGUUCCCUUUUGGUGCUUACCCAAGACUCUACCAAGAUCCCAAAGUAUAGAGGACUCUGGAUCCUCAUCUGAGAAGUCCAAGUUCAUUAUAGAUGACUCUAUUAACUACCAAAUGGCCCCUGGAGAAGAAACAAAAAUCAUGGAAAUGGCAAGAAAUUUUCUUCCAUCCCUGAAGACUCUUAUUAGAAAUCCAGUAUACAUCUUAUACCUGUGUGCAAGCACUGUUCAGUUCAAUUCUCUAUUUGGUAUGGUGACAUAUAAACCAAAGUACAUUGAGCAGCAGUAUGGGCAGUCAUCCUCCAAGACCAACUUUGUCAUUGGGCUUAUCAACAUUCCUGCAGUGGCCCUUGGAAUAUUCUCUGGGGGAAUAGUUAUGAAAAAAUUCAGGCUGGGAGUUCUCGAAGCUACAAAACUCUACUUGGGAUCAUCUGUCUUUGGCUACCUCCUCUUCCUCUCUCUGUUUGCGCUGGGAUGUGAAAAUCCUGGUGUGGCUGGACUGACUGUGACCUACCAAGGAACCAAACCUGUUUCUUAUCAUGAACGAGCUCUCUUUUCAGAUUGCAACUCAAGAUGUAAAUGUUCAGAGUCAAAAUGGGAGCCCAUGUGUGGGGACAAUGGGAUCACAUAUGUGUCAGCUUGUCUUGCUGGUUGUCAAUCCUCCAGUCAGAGUGGAAAGAACAUUAUGUUUUCUAACUGCACUUGUGUGGGACUUGCAGCCCCUACGUCAGGAAACUGGUCAGGCAUGAUGGGCAGGUGUCAGAAAGAUAACGAAUGUCCCCAAAUGUUUCUGUAUUUCCUUGUGAUUUCAGUCAUCACGUCAUAUACCUUAUCUCUAGGUGGCAUACCUGGGUAUAUAUUACUCCUGAGGUGCAUUCAACCACAUCUUAAGUCUUUUGCUCUGGGAAUCUACACCUUAGCAGUGAGAGUUCUUGCAGGAAUCCCAGCUCCUGUAUAUUUUGGUGUUUUGAUUGACACUUCAUGCCUCAAAUGGGGGUUUAAGAAAUGUGGAAGCCAAGGAUCCUGCAGAUUGUAUGAUUCUCAAGCUUUCAGACACAUAUACCUGGGACUAACCACCCUCCUUGGUAUGGUGUCCAUUUUCCUAAGCAUGGCUGUGCUUUUUAUUUUAAAGAAAAAGUACGUUUCAAAACACAGCUGCUCCAUAGCCACAAGAGGCAAAGCAGUGGCAUCUUCAAGCUUCAGGACGGAAGCACGUGCUGCAAGGGAUCGUGGGCAACAGCCCAAGUACUGGCCCGGCAAGGAGACGCGACUUUAGGAAAAUCACAGAAAACAAACAAACACUGAGGUCAUUUUAUCCAAUACAUGAAUGUUCUGCAAACAAAUAAAAUUAUAAACAAAAGGGCUUCCCCAUGUAACAUCUUUCUCCUUUUAAAAGUGUGUCUGCUUUUCUUUUGUUUUUUACUCUAAGCUAUAGAUGGUAGACCUCAAUAAAUAUCACUAAACAUAGAGAUGAAAAAAUGACUUUAAAACCUUUAACUUAUUUAUAAAUUCCUUUUAAUUAUUUUUUCAUUUGUGCUUCAUCUGUGUGGUGUCCGUUGAUAUGUAAGAUGUAUUCCUGGGGGGGGGGUCUCUCAUGUCAGAUUAUGAUAUGUUCUCAUUAAACUGAGUCACUUGUCCAGAAUACACUUUGAGUCGUUCCUAAGGAGAGCCAUUGGUUCUAGAUUCUUCUUGAAAUGCAGCAGUUGAUACAGAAAAGGUUCGUGACAGAGUGGCCUUGAAAGGCUAUUUUAAGUUAUUAGUUUCCCUCACUAAUCAUUUACAUCUGUUCAUUGUGACAUUAGAAGCAUCCAUGGUCAUAUUGUUGUUACUGUCACUGUGCUUUGUUGUCUGUGCAUUCAAUGAAUUAAAAUAUUUGAA